AUUGCACUGAAGUUUUUUGUCCCCUUGAUGUACCCCACCAAUACGGUGUAAUAUAACACUAAAACGUGAUUUUACCGAAAAUUACCGUGUUUACAACAAGGGGUACAUAUUAUUGCAAAGAAAGAAAAUGUGAGGGAUAACACUGGAGGACAGCUGUACUGUGUAACAUAUGACCAAAUGAAUUUAUUCUCAUGUGAAGGAAGAAAUAUUCCUCAUUUCUUCAUCUUUAGCAUAACAGACAACAAACAGGAACAAGAUGUCGACUCCAGAGAAGAUGUACGGUGACGAUUUAGCGGUUCUCAGCGACCUAACGGAGGAAGCUCUGCUUCAGGAGCUCAAACGGCGAUACGAAAGAAAUGUCAUUUAUACAUAUCUGGGAGACAUUUUAGUGGCCAUCAAUCCCAACAGAAUGAUUCCCAUUUAUGGACAGGAGGUCGGGAUUAGAUAUUCUAAAGCAAAGCAACUCCAGGAUUUACCUCCUCACAUAUAUGCUAUUGCCAGCAAAUCUUACCGAAAUUUGAUAUGGGGGAGGGUUAACCAGGCUAUCCUCGUCAGCGGUGAAUCAGGAGCAGGUAAAACUGAAAGCACAAAAAUGAUAUUAGCACAAAUCGCUAGAAUGUCAAAAUCAGAAGAGCCUACUAAACUUGCAGAACAGAUUGUUGAGGUAAACCCGUUGCUGGAAGCAUUUGGAAAUGCUAAAACAACCAUGAAUGACAACUCCAGCAGAUUUGGAAAGCUGAUAGACGUUAUGUUUAACAAGCAUGGCAAAAUAAUUGGAGCAAAGGUGACGGAGCACAUGUUAGAGAAAAGUCGCGUGGUACACAGUGGUUUGGGAGAGAGAUCAUUCCAUAUAUUCUACUACAUGUUUGCCGGUCUGUCUGAGAAUGAAUUCAAUCGUUACUAUCUAACUCGCCCUGAACAUUACAGGAUAACGGAUCCAGGACAUGCACAGCCUGUCUUUAUGUCCCAGACAGAUUUUGACCAUCAUCGGAGUGGAUUUGAGGAGUUAAAAGAAGCUUUGAAUGACACAGGAUUCUCACAGAUUGUAGACUUGAUUUUUGCAAUGAUGGCAGGUAUUCUUCAUUUGAACAACAUCGACUUUGCUGCAGAUCCAGAACUUCAGCAGGUCAUAAUAGUUAAUGAGGAUGAAGUUGAUUACAGUAGCCGCUUACUCUCCCUUCAAGCAGAGGAUUUAGCAACAGUUCUGCUGAUGACAACCAGUUUUCAACGAGGCGAAAGAAUCAUCAAGAUGAAGUCUGUUUCCGAAGCUUCAGAUGGUAGGGAUGCUCUUUGCAAGGCCCUGUACAGUCGGCUUUUUAGUUGGAUUGUUCAAAAGAUUAAUGAUGCUCUCCACGCUGAAGAAAAUGGUCAAAGGCCAGCAGAUGCUGGGGUGAUUAGUAUUUUGGACAUGGCUGGCUUUGAAAAUUUCCAGUUGAACAGUUUUGAGCAGCUAUGUAUAAACAGUGCAAAUGAACAGCUUCAGAGCUAUUUUAACACGUAUAUAUUCUCCUGGGAGCUACAAGAGUAUCAUUUGGAAGGCAUUAAGCAACCAAAAAUCAAGUUCACAAACAAUAAGGAGAUUCUUGGACUUUUCUUUGACAGACCUGCUGGGGUGUUUGCUAUACUUGAAGAUGAAUGUAGAUUACACACAUCAUCUGAAAUGUCAUUCGUAGAAAAGAUGAACCGAGAAUUUGCAAAACGCGACGUCUAUCAAAAAUCCAAAUCAAGUGAUCCUAUAUUUACAAUCACUCAUUAUGCAGGCCAGGUUACUUACCACGCACGUGGAUUCAUUGAGAAAAACAGGGAAACACUGGGUGUAAAUUUCUUAAGCCUGAUGCAGAACAGUCAUAAUUGGUUAAUAAACGAUCUUUUUAUUGAUCGACCACAGAGAGAAACAAGGGAUAUUGAUAAACGGAACAGUGCGUGGACUGUUCCUGAAUGGGGUAAACCAAACAUGCCUACUCUAGGACCAGGGGAAACCCUCUCCAAACGAGCAGGAAAACGAAUCAAACAAGGAAUGAAUAAAGAUCGCCCUUUACCAGCUAUUCCUUCUGUCUCCGGUGCCACAACUAGUGUUCAUUUCAAGAAAUCUUUAUCGUCCCUGAUGGAGAACCUUGCGUCUUCUGAGCCUCAAUUUAUACGAUGUAUUAGGGCUAAUUCUGAGAAGCAGUUUGGCUUCUUCGACUCCAAACUUGUUCAUAAACAACUUCGCAAUACAGGUGUGUUUGAGACAAUAAGAAUACGAAAACUUGGUUUCCCAACACGUUUACAUAUGCAGGACUUCAUUAAUAGAUAUAAAGCAAUAGCCUUCCCGGUGACUGAACCUGUUGAGACAAACGCAGCUAACUGUGAUAGAAUUCUAAGAAAAGCACAACUCUACGAUUGUGAAAUUGGGAAAACUAAAGUCUUCCUCAGAUACUGGCAUGUAGAUCAUCUUAACAUGUAUAUGGAAAAUUUUGUUUCAAAUCUUCGUACCAUACAAUCAAGAAUUCGAAUGUUUAUUGCCCGAAAACAGUUUAUUGACAUGAUGCAAUAUAUAACAUAUUGCAAAGAUGAAGUGUUUAAAAUAGGGAAUAUGGUGGCUACUUCUGGCGAUCAGCUUUAUCAUAUUAUGAUUUCCACGGAUGAUUUAGACAAGAACCACUAUCGGAAGAGGUUGGAAGAGGAAGAAAACAAAAGACGGAGACAGAGACAGUCACAGUUUGGAAGGAGAGGACUACCCAGACAACCACAGCAGGACCUCUAUGACAGACCGGAUUAUUACACUAUGGGGGAAAGUUAUUACAACUAUCAUGGGCAGUCGGAAUAUCAACAAAGCUUGCGAUAUGAGCCACAAGUUAGAAGACGCCCUUUAUCCCAUAUAGCUGAGGAAUCCUUAAGUCAUCUGUAUAAGAAAUGGCAUAGCGUUGAUCCCGAUGCUUGGUGUAAAAUCAUUUACUUAGAAAGAGACAAAAUAGUUCAGAAGUUUUAUAUCUUAGAGAGAGAGGUCACAAUUGAUGGCAGACCUGGGUCCGAAUUUGAUGGAGAACGAAUAAGCCUGUCCUACAUCCGUAAUGUCGACCGAGAUGACGAAACGGCUAGCAUUUUGUCUUACGUCGGACAGGGGGUCAAACUCCGAAAGGAUAUGGACGGUAGUAUAACGGCCACACGUCUCGGCAAAAACCCGGUUAUUGUUAGGGAUCAUGACAACCCCGCGGAACACUGUUUCUCCCUAGAAGUCCUGAACCACGAGGGGAGACUACCACUCCAUGUUCCGGUCAAGAUAUUUGACAUGGAAGAAUUUAAAUGUCAAAUGGGAAUCCAAAUACAGCUAAAUGACAGGAAUCCAGAUGAAAGAGUUCUGCGUUAUCAAAGUGUCACGUGUUUAAGUUUGGUCAAGGACGAGAAAGAGGCGGGAGAAACGCCAUGUUGGCUGCUUAUUAUAAAUCUGUGUGCUCUGAGGGCCAUUAAUGACAACACUGUUAGAACUCACGUAGAACAAAGGCUGGUUGAAUUGGCAAACAGAACUGAAGAAGAGCAGGAACUAGAAUUAGAGAAGCAAGAAAAGAACACAGAACUGGCUGCAAGGAACAGACAGAGACAGUGGUCCAAAUUGAACCCCAGACAAGGAAUACAGAGUUCUGAAGCACCGUUAAGGAAAACUAAAAUAGAUCUUCUGAAAAGAGGAAAAACUGUUGGUGGAAAUCUUAGUUACAGCUGGGAAAUUGACGCUCAAAAUUCCCAAAAACAUAGGAUAAAUUUAGAAGAUGUGCAUCAACGUUAUGAGGAACCCGGGUCUCAGAUAGGGGGUUUACAAGGUUCUAGAAUGGGCCCCGGAAGUGUUCUCAGCAGUAUAAUGUACCCAGGCUCCGGAAGUUCUGUCAGGAGAGAUUGGGCAAAGGUCAAGGUCGCAAUAAAACAAGAAAGAAGGCUGGAUGAAGAACAGCUGGAAGAACUGGCUGAAGAAGAGGAAUUAUAACGACUCAUGUCAUUGGAAUCUGUCUUCCAGUUAGACUUAAGGACUUUAAUAGAUGAAAAUUUGUUAACCAAUGGUUUGUAAAUGAACUUGGCUAUAAUGUUAUGACAAGCUAUAUUCUCACCUGAUUUCCUAUUUGCAGAAGUAUUUAAGAAUAUACAAUAUGAUAUGGGUAAAUUGAUAUGACAUAAUAUAUUACUAAAAUUUCAAAUAGUUCAAAUAUAAUUAAAGCCUACAUUAGAUUUUAAAAAGAUUUGUAUUAGUAUGCAGUGAUGUCUCACAGAAGUAUAAUAAUCAAAAGAGAGGAAUUAUAAUAUUUUAUCAUCACAUUAUAGAAUGAUUGUAGGAUAAUUUACCAGGAAGACUUUAUAAUCGUCCGAGGUUAACUUUUGACCUCGUCCUAUGAAUACUAGUAUUUAUAACGUAAUUUUAAUUUUAUCAUUUUUGCUAUAAGUGUAGUAGAAAUAACACAUCGUCAUAAUAUUUUGACAGUAAUACCAAGUUACAUAUCAUUACACUAUUUUCUGUGUAGAAAUGUAGAUACACGGUUUCUCUGUCAAUUCGUGUUGUUUACAUGCAUGUAGUGGCAUAGACCAUAACGAGUUGCAAUUGGGAGUUCGUUGUAGUUUCUUUCUGAUUGUAUACAAUCAUACAUCUUUCUUUGGAAUGAAGGAAGGUGUGUUUACAUUAAAAAAAACUAUUAACCUUUCAUUUCAUGCAUUAUGUAUGUUUUACCAGUAAGUAUUAUGUCUCAGAUGGCCUUAUAUUUUUGUUCAUGUCUUGCCACGAAGAAAGAAUUCCAUUAUUGUCUAGAGCAAAACCCAAUAAAGAUUCUUGUGAUAUUACACAAUAGGAAUCUUUAAUUCAAUGAACCAGUCAACAAAUAUCAAAUUGCAAAUAAAACUUCAUGUAUACAAGUAUAUCUUACACAUUUUGAAAAGAAUGUCACGUGUAUAUUGUC